AUGGCUCAUACGCAACAGAAACGAUUGAAUUGUGAGUGUAGGCUAAUCGAACUACCUCAUCCUCAUACCUACGUUUUAACAUGGCUUGUACGCGAGGAGAUGAAACUAGGCGAGCGAAGGCGAAUUCUUUUUUGCGAGCGACCAGUCGAUAAAGUUCUCGGACAGACAUCAAAUUGCCCGUACACCCGGGAGGACAUUCGUCCACUAUCGUUUCGAGCGUUUCGCAAAAGCAUUCGCACUCAUAUAUUACUGAUCUACGAAUGGUUGCAAGCGUGGCCGGAUUACCAAACCCUUGGCAAUAACGAUAAGGUUUCCUUCCUAAGAAAAUGCGUCCUUUUUCAUACAAUACUUGAUCCAGUGUAUAUUUCGAUACAAAUUGGGUACCCGGAGAGAUUCGUGAUGCAAAACGGCGGCUACGUUUCAUGUGUUGAAGGAUGUGAAGACGGAUGGCAUGGAGAGAAGGAAAUUUCGACGGAUGUGAAAAAAUCGAUUUAUCUUCCGCUGCUGAAAAAAAUAAUGUCAGAGAUAAUUCCGCCGAUGUUGAGUCUGGAGUUGUCAUUUGAGGAAUUCGUUGCGUUGAAAGCAUUCGUCAGUUGGCAAGGAGCGAUUUCGAACGUCUCAACAGAUGGUCGUGACGCGAUGCGGCGACAGAUCGACGCCAUUUCCAAUUCACUUCAUCUACACUAUCAACGGGUUCGUUCGUUGAAGUGCUAUUAA